AUCGGCAUUUGUUGAGCGCGGCUCAUAUUUUGGUUUGCAGCACAAGUGUAUCCUAAACGGCGUUAGGCUGGUCUGCCACCGCUCUGCUCUUUUAAUCUCUCGGGCCAAGGUGUUCUUCAACAGUUUACUCAGACAUGGCUUCCAAAGUCGUAUAUAAGAAGAAGGCCGCGAGCCACGUCAGCACUGAUUACCGCUCACUUCACUCUAAACAUGUUGUCAAGAGACAGCAGGCAGUCGGGUACCUCAGGAAAUCUACCUGUAACUCGGUGAGCCAGGUAAAGGCUCAGGCCACGGAGGCUAUGGCAGAACCAGCGUAUACGGUGCCGGAGUUCCGGCAGAGGAGCACGGAGGAGGUGGAGGAAUACCAGAGAGUCUCCACCCAUGUGGGGAAGGGCCUGGCUGCGAUCCAGGAGGAGCUGCACAGGAUGAGGAUGGCCACCAAGGCCCAGGUGGACAACCUGGCCAUCAAGAGAGAGGUGCAGGAGAGGAUGAGUAGGAAGGUAGACCUGUAUGAGGAGGGGAACAAGCUCCCUGACUUCCUGGUGGCCCUGAGGCCCCACACUGUGUGGGAGAAGACCCCGGUCAAGCUGUACUGCACCGUUCACGGUCACCCCAGGCCCGUCGUCAGUUGGUUUAAAGAUGGCGUUCCCGUGAAUCCUCUGAACGCACCCGGAAAGUACAAGAUUGAGAGCAAAUAUGGAGUCCAUGGUUUGAUUAUUAGCAGGAGUGCUGUCAGUGAUACUGCAGAGUACAGCGCUGUGGCCAGCAACCCAUUCGGCACGGCCACCAGCAAAGCUACUGUUACUGUUAAGAGGCCAGCAGGGGGGGCUGGAGAGUCAUGCCAGCUUGGACUAGUGCCACGCCUGACACAAAUGCACCCCAGCAAGCUGGAGGUCACCCUGCUGGAGCGCUUCUCCGUCAGCUUCGGAGUGGAGGGAGGCUCCAUCAGCCUGGCGUGCUCCAUGGUGGUGGUCCCCGACCUGCCCAACCUGCCACCACUGGCCCACUGGUACCGAGAUGAUCACCUGAUGAAGGCCGGGCCCCUGGCUGAGAUGAAGGUGGGAGGGGGCCUGGCGCGCCUCAACCUGCCCCGCCUGGCCAAAGACGAUGAGGGGCUCUACACCCUCCGCAUCUACACCAAGGAGGGCACCACGGAGCACAGCGCCUACCUGUUCGUCCAAGAUGCUGUUCCCUCUGUUGCCGGUGCCCCCGGAGCCCCCAUGAGUGUGAAGGUGUUUGACAUCAACAUGGACUUUGCCCUGGUCUCCUGGAAGCCCCCCAACACCACCAACGAAGCAGCCGUCUCAGGAUACUUUGUGGACAGGUGUGAGGCAGGCAGCGACCACUGGGUCCAGUGUAACGACACCCCGGUGAAGGUGUGUAAAUACCCGGUGACGGGUCUGACCCUGGGCCAGGCCGUCCACUUCCGGGUCCGCGCCGUGAACAGCGCCGGCAUCAGCAGGCCCUCCCGCCGCUCGCAGAAGGUGACCGCGGCCGACCCGGCCGAGAGCGAGCGCCUGCAAGUGGUGAACAUACGGGGACACUACGACAUACUGAUCAGGGACGACGACCUGGAAGGUUACGUCACUAUUCCGGGGGAGCCGACCAGCGUGCACGCCUCUGAGGUGUACCAGGCCUACGUGGUGCUCAGCUGGACCCCCCCGACCCCCCGCGGCCGCGCCAGGCUCUGGUACAUCAUCGAGAAGUGCUUAGCGGGCACGGAGGAAUGGACGCGCAUCAACACUGGUGUCAAAGUUCAGUCGCCCCGUUAUCCCAUUUUCGAUUUGCUGGACGGGAAGUCCUACCAGUUCCGGGUGUUCUCCGCCAACCAGUUCGGCUCCAGCGAGGCCUCGGCCCCCACGGGGCCCGUCCAGAAGGCGGACGAGCACGGUUCAAAGCGACCAGUUGGCGUUCCCUCCACCCCUGGCCAGGUGGUGGCCACCAGGAACACCAAGUCUUCUGUGUUCGUCCAGUGGGAGGCUUCCAAAGUCCCCAACAGCCUGCUGGGAUACUACAUCGAUGCCCGGCCCGCCGGCUCCAAGCUGUGGCAGCCCUGUAACCACAAGCCCUUCAGACACACCAGGUUUGUGGUCCAUGGUCUGGUUCCAGGGGAGACCUAUGUGUUCAGGGUCCAGGCGGUCAACCUGUUCGGUCUGAGUGCAGAGUCUCAGGAAUCCUCCCCCAUCGCUGUGGAGCCCGCCCUGGCCACCCCCAGCUCUCCGUUCGGCAUCACCCUCCUGAGCUGCAACGGGUCCUCCAUGACCCUGGCUUGGAAGAGCCCCAAGCACUGCGGGGGCUCCCACGUCAACGCCUACUACGUGGACCGCCGCAACGCCGACAAGCUGCAGUGGAAGGAGGUCAACGUCAGCGCCAUCAAGGAGAGGGUCUACACCGUCGAGGGACUCACCGAGGGAAACUUCUACGAGUUCAAGGUGCAGGCGGGCAACAUGGCAGGAGUGGGCGUGCCCUCAGAGGCCAGCAAGCCAAUGAAAUGCGAGGCCUGGACCAUGGCGGAGCCAGGCCCGGCCUUUGACCUGAGCUUCAGCGAGGUCAGGAGUGACUCGCUGGUCAUCCUGUGGAAGGCGCCAGUGUACACUGGAGCUAGCGCUGUCACCGGCUACCUGGUGGAGAUGGCCAAGAAGGGCUCCAGUGACUUCACCGCGGUGAACCAGGACGCUGUCUCACACCGCUACCUGCAGGUGGGCGGUCUGGAGGCGGGAGAGACCUACGUGUUCAGGGUGCGCUCCGUCAACGCUGACGGAGUAGGAAAAGCCUCCCAGGUGUCGGAGCCCAUCCUUGCCAAGGCCCUGCCAGGCACCCAGGAGAUAGUGUGCGGCGUGGACGAGCAGACCGGGGACAUCUUCCUGUCUCUGGAAGCGUGUGAGAUCUCAGAGACCUCUCAGUUCGUCUGGUCCAAGAACUACAAGGGGAUCGGAGACUGUCCUCGCCUGUCUGCUAGCGCCGAUGGCCGCACAUCCAGGCUGACAUUCACCAGCCCUGAUAAAGAUGACCUGGGACGCUACUCUGUGGUCGUCACGGAUACGGACGGAGUCUCCGCCAGCCACACGCUAACUGAAGACGCCCUCAAUACCAUGCUGGAGCUGAGCCAUGCCAUCAGGAACCCCAUCGUUCCUCUGAAGCACGGUCUGAACUAUGAGAUCCUGGAGAAGGGACACGUCCGCUUCUGGUUGCAGGCGACCAAGCUGUCCGCCGCCGCGUCCUACCGCUUCAUCGUCAACGACAAGGAGGUCACCAGCGGGGAGGGCCAAAAGAUCAGCCACGAUGCUAAGACCGGUGUGAUCCAGAUGACAGUGGAGCACUUCACCAGGGCCAAUGAGGGCACCUACACCGUUCAGAUCCACGACGGCAAAGCCAAGAACCAGACCUCCCUGGUGCUGGUCGGAGACGUGUUCAAGGCGGCGCUGACGGAGGCAGAGUUCCAGAGGAAGGAGCACCUGAGGAAGCUAGGUCCUCACUUUUCUGAGUAUCUGUACUUCACCGUGGCUGAGGACUGCACCGUCCUGCUGGCCUGCAAGGUGGCCAACGUCAAGAAGGAGACCAAGUUCACCUGGUACAAGGAAGAUGAGGAGAUCGUCCUGGAAACCGCGCCUAACGCCAUGUCUGGCUCUGUCGCUCUGCCCAUCCCCCAGUUCUCUAGGAAGGACCAGGGAGUUUACAAGGCUACCUUGAGUGACGACAAAGGGAAGGACACCUCUCUGUUUGAGGUGUCAGGACAGGUGUUUGAUGACAUCAUCAACGCCAUCGCCAAGAUAGCCGGCACCUCUGCCUCUGAGCUGGUGCUCCAGUGCACCCCAGAGGGCAUCAGACUGCAGUGCUACAUGACCUACUACACGGAGGAGAUGAAGACAGUGUGGAAGCACAGGGACAGUAAGAUCGCGUCCUCUGAGAAGAUGCGCAUCGGGGGGACGGCUGAGAUGGCCUGGAUGCAGAUCUGCGACCCCUCCGACAAGGAGAAGGGGCAGUACACCAUCGAGAUCUCCGACGGGGUCAACGUGUACGCACGCAGCUUCGACCUCUCCGGACAAGCUUACACGGACGCCUACGAAGAAUACCUUAGACUCAAGGCUGCAGCCUUCGCAGAGAAGAACCGUGGUAGGGUGGUCGGAGGUCUUCCUGAUGUUGUCACCAUCAUGGAGCACAAGUCUCUGAGCCUGACCUGCACGGUAUGGGGUGAGCCCACCCCCGAGGUCACAUGGUUCAAGAACGAGCAGGAGGUGGCGUCGUGCGAACACACCAAGGUCACCUUUGAGGGCGGGAAGUUUGCCAGCCUGGUCAUCACACAGGUGACCUCCGAUGACUCCGGCAAGUACAGCAUCAACGUGCGCAACAAGUACGGCGGCGAAUUUGUGGAGAUCACCGUCAGCGUCUACCGGCACGGCGAGCCCAUCCCGGAACCCAAGCUGGGCCAGCCCAAGACCGCCGCGCCCGCCGCCUCCAAGACCUCCACGCCCGUACCCCCCCCCAAGACCCCCACGCCCACCCCUCCCAAGUCCCAGACCCCUUCAAUGAAAAGCCCCACCCCCUCCAUGAAGAGCCCCACCCCCUCCAUGAAGAGCCCCACCCCCUCAAUGAAGAGCCCCACCCCCUCCAUGAAGUCCCCCACCCCUGCCUCCACCCCGGUGCCCAAGUCCCCCACCCCGGGCCCCAAGUCCCCCACCCCGACCCGUAGCGUCAAGUCCCCCACGCCCACCAGCAGGUUCCUUAAGUCCCCCACCCCCAAGUAGACAGGGGAGGGGACCGCGCGGGGGGGGGGGGGCGCGUGGCCGUAGCGUGUUGGCAUUAGCAUUAGCGGUAGCGUGGUAUCGGGGUGUUUCUUUGGGCCCUCUGCUUGCCGCGUGCACUCCCCUUCCGCUCCCACCCCCACCCAAACAGGGAGGAAGCCUCAUCGGGUGGAGCAGGAAUUAGCAGAAGUAGAGAAGAUAGUUUGUGUGUGUUUGUGUGUGUUUGUGCGCGUCUGUGUGCGAUUGCGUGUUUGAGAGGUACAGCAGUUUGGACAGGUGGCAGCCUCAACGCACCAUGGAGGGGGGGGGGGGGGGGGGGGGGGAGGAGGGCAUAGAUCACCUGCUCAGGUAUGCUGUCCCACUGGUUACUGUGGCGCUGUAUCCGUGACAGGUAGACGGUUGUUAGCACUAAUGAAGGCAGAGGCGUCUGUCGUCUCAAGGCUGUACCUUCCACGGCGCCGCUGUGGAACGCAUGUGUCCUGUCUAGUGUUCAGCCCCAGGGUCAUCCCUUAUUGAUUAGAGGGGCUCCUGUGGUGAUCACUCCAGUUAUUGAUCAGAGUAGGUCCUGUGGUGAUCACUCCAGUUAUUGAUCAGAGUAGGUCCUGUGGUGAUCACUCCAGUUAUUGAUCAGAGUAGGUCCUGGGGUGAUCACUCCAGUUAUUGAUCAGUGUAGGUCCUGGGGUGAUCACUCCAGUUAUUGAUCAGAGUAGGUCCUGGGGUGAUCACUCUACAUAUUGGUAGACGGAUGGUUAAGUUGUCAGCUCGAUCGAUUUCAUCAGCCAAUCAGAGGGAACGCAGGGGCUUAAUGUUUCCUGGUCACUCUUGUCCUGUUUCUGUCACAUGACUGUGUUUUCCGACAAUGCUUUGUGUUGGCAAUAAACCUUACCUAUCACCCUC